AUGGAGCAAAAACUGGAGUGGCUCGAAGCCCAGAAGACAGAGAUAAGCGUUGACCUCAUUGCUGCAGCCAAGAAACAUCUUCACUUCCUCGGAGCUGUUGAUCAGAACCGUUGCCUCUACGACGGCCCUGCUCUCCAAAGAGCCAUCUUCAGAUACAAUGCUUAUUGGCUUCCUUUGCUUGCAAAAUACACUGAGUCUUCUUCCAUCUGCGAAGGACCAUUAGUCCCUCCUCUUGACUGUGAAUGGGUUUGGCACUGCCACAGGCUUAACCCGGUGAGGUACAAGACUGAUUGUGAGGAGCUCUACGGAAGAGUCUUGGACAACUCUUGUGUUGCAUCUUCCGUAAAUGGAAACUCCAACCAACAAACUCAAAACCUAUGGAAGACACUGUACCCUACGGAGCCUUAUCAUCUUGAUUUGGACAAGCCAAUCUCCAAAGCAGAGAACAUGUCAGCUCUUGAGAAAUGCACCACUUAUGAUCUUGUCUCAGCUGUCAAGAGACAAACACCGUUUUACUACCAAGUUUCAAGAGACCAUGUUCACAAUGAAGUCUUUCUGCAAGAAGCUGUUGCUAGAUACAAGGCGUUUCUCUACUUGAUCAAGAGAAACAGAGAAAGGUCUAUCAAGCUUUUCUGUGUUCCUACUUACGACAUUGAUCUUCUUUGGCACACGCACCAGCUUCACGCUCUCUCUUACUGCAAAGACUUGACGAAGAUGAUUGGUAAGGUUCUUGAGCAUGACGACACAGACUCUGACAGAAGCAAAGGUAAGAAGCUUGACACUGGUUUCUCUGGAACCACUGCUCAAUGGGAAGAAACAUUUGGUCGGAGGUACUGGAAAGCUGGUGCUAUGAAUCGUGGUGAUACCCCAAAGCCAGUCACAACCUCUCCUUAUGUCUCUUCAACCAAGAAAUCAGCUGCGAAAGAGGACGAGUCUCAGAAUAUAAUCCAGUUUCCAGAGGUGAAAGCCAUUGAGGUUAUCUUGGAGAUUGUUGCGGUCAAGAACUUACCGGAAGCUCACAAAGGAAAAGUCUUUGUUGUGUUCAGCAAAACUCAGCCUGAUUCUCUGUUUAACGCUGAGCGUAAGCUUACGGUUUUGUCUGAGUCUGAUGGAGAAAAGCAAGUUGCUUUGUUCCAGUGUGAGCCUACAGGAGAGCUUAGUUUCCAGCUAAUGUCUUCUUCUUCUUCUAAGUCUAAGAGCUUAGGUUUCACUUCUUUGUCACUUUCGGAGUUUCUGUUUCCUGUUACUAAGCUCUCUGUUGAGAAGUGGCUUGAGUUAACACCACCAGGUAAGAGUGAAAACAAGAAUCAAAUCUCUCUGCGAGUCGCUGUCUCCUUCACAACGCCGACUCGGAGUCCGACUGUUCUACAUUUGGUUCAGUCAAGACCUUCGCUGAAAGACUCUUGUUUCUUUCCUAUGAUCGGAAAGUCUCGUCUUGCUAAGGGUUUCACACGCGUUGUUGAUGAAACCGAAACAGAGUUGAUCAGUCUCCAGAUGAGGAACUCCAACGACGCAGCGCCAAAAGGUGAUGCAAGACAAGUGAUUGGCGUGAAAGGGAAUGGUGAAAGUCUUGUUCUUGCGGAGUACGAUGGAAAUUUCUGGUCUUUGCUUGAUGCGAAGUGGUCACUUAAGCAGACAGGCAACGAAAAUCCUCUGUUUGAGCUUUCGGGUGCUCGAAUGGUGAAAGUUUACUCCGGAAGGAAGCUGGAGUAUGAGCCAAGGCAUUGCGGAAAGAUGAGAAGCGAGCAAGAUUUCAUGACCGCUGUUGAAUUCUCAAAGGAACAUCCUUAUGGCAAAGCUGUUGGGUUGCUUGACUUGAAGUUUGGAUCUUUUGAGGCAAAUGAGAAAUGGAUGGUUUUGCCUGGAGUAGUUUCUGCUUUCAUACUCGGUGAUGUUCUUAAGAAGGAAGGGUUUGGUGCAGCAGCGAAAGAGACAGUGAAAGCUAACGGUGUAACAGAGGAAAGCAAGGAGAGUGAAGGUUUCAGUCAACUGAAGUUAGAAGAAGACACAAUGAUGAAUGUUGACACGACUACUCCGGUUGUGGUAGCUGCAGAGAAGAUCAAUGGCGGUUCUAGGUGCUUUUCGAAGGAGCUAAACGGGGGCUGCGGUACUGUGUGUGGUGGAGUAAGUGAUAUCAUGGUUGAAGAAGAAGGUGGUCGUUGUGGUGGUUGUGGCGGUUGUGGUGGAUGUGGAGGAGGAUGUGGGGGUGGCCAUGGCGGAGGGUGCGGUGGAGGGGGUGGAAGAUGUGGUGGGAUGACGAAGACCGGAGGUUGCGGUGGCGGGUCCUGCACUGGCGGUUCCACUGGCUGCGGUAACUGCGGUGGAGCGUGUGGUAAUAUGAUGAAGAAUCAUGCCAAUGAAAAUGCUCCAUCGGUAGCAGCAGAAGCUCUAAAUGAUGCCGUUGCAGCUUAA